GUUUGUGUAUGCAUUUGCGAUGAGAGAGAGGGAUAUGUAGAGAGAAGCUGAAGGAAAGAGAGAGAAAGCCUAGAGAGAUAUCAUCAUGAGUGAGAGUGAUGAUGAAAGCGUGUUUUGGGGUGAGACAGAAGCGGCAUGUUUCGGGUCUCAGGAUUUUCGGAGCAAUCACGGUUACGGCUCCAAGAAGAUUAGAUUUUCUCCCGAGUUUGAUGAUCACCUGCAGGAAGGAGAUGCGGAUAGUUCUGCGCAGUCGAGCCCUCUUGGCUUGACACUCAGGAAAACACCAUCUUUCCUCAACUUAGUGCAGAGGUGUUUGUCUAAGGGGAAACAGCCGGAUUUCUCGUCCCGCAACAAUCACGUCUCCCGCCAUGAUCAUAAGCCUAGAAGAAAAACAGAUGAUUCGGGAUCUCAACCUAUGUCUGAGAAAUUGAAGGCUUCCAAUUUUCCUGCUACUUUCAUAAAAAUCGGAACUUGGCAGAGGAUGACAAGGCAUGAAGGAGAUUUGGUUGCAAAAUUGUACUACGCCAAACGCAAACUGGUGUGGGAGGUCUUGGAUGGAGCAUUGAAGAGCAAGAUCGAAAUACAAUGGUCUGAUAUUAUUGCGAUUAGGGCCGUCACACAUGAGAAUGAGACGGGAACGUUGGAGAUUGAGCUGAAUCAACCACCAUUGUUCUACCGAGAAACCAAUCCUCAACCAAGAAAGCACACCCUCUGGCAACAGGCAUCUGAUUUCACAGGAGGCCAAGCUCCCAUUUGGAGGAGACACUAUGUGAGCUUCCCACCAGGAAUCCUCGAUAAACACUACGAGAAGCUUUUGCAAUGCGACCAACGACUGUUUGCCUUGAGUCGGAAACCAUUCCCAAGCCACGAGUCUCCUUAUUUUGACCCAACUAUGUUUGCAAUUUCAGAACUCUCCCUUAGUUUCAAUGGAUAUGGAUCGGGAUAUCUGCCAGGGAUUCAGUAUCCCUACCAGACUUAUCCCACAACGGCAAGGGGAGCUCCCGUCAGACCAACUCCAAAUUCGACAAUAUCAGUUAUGGACUUGCCUUAUAGAAACGAGGGAGGAAUCAACAAUCAAAAUUACCAAGGGCGAUUGCAUAUCACCUCGACAAUGCUAGGCAACCAAGUCCUCCGUCCCCACAAUUAUCCGCCAAGUGUGGGAGUGUUGAACGACAUCGAGAACCAUUUGUUGGGGGAAUCUCAAGUUGUGUCCUCGGAUGAGGGUGCAUUCCAUGCAAACGUGGAGACGAUGUCUUCAUUGCUGGAAUCAACGGGGAAUAACCCUAUCUACAAUGCCGGUCGUGGUGGUGGUGCUGAUCCGACGAUGCAGCCUGUCAACUGGCCGCCUCCUCAGGGCUCUAGUCACAGCAUGCACACAAUGGAUAACUCAAUGCCUCCAUUCAUGUUUCCCUGUAAUCCAACCCAUGGAGAAUUUUUUAACCUCUGAUGUAGACGUAGAAAAUUGUGAACCUGAAAUCCUGCAUUAAGGAUGAAACAAAUGUGGGAUUCGUGGCCGAGUUUUGUUUUUGAGGUAGUUGUGUUUGAA